AUGCCUAUAUUUGGACAGGUAAUUAUUGGUCCUCCAGGAUCGGGGAAGUCAACGUAUUGUUAUGGCCUUCAGCAGUUCUUCAACAGUAUUGGUCGUCACUCAAUAAUUAUUAAUUUGGAUUUAGCCAAUGAUAAAUUAAAAUAUGACUGCGCAUUAGAUUUAAGAGACUUCAUUACUCUAGAGGAAAUCAUGUCUGAGAACUCUUUGGGUCCGAACGGUGGGUUGAUCAAAGCUUUUGAAACGCUUACCGGGGUUAGUGAUUCCGGAGCUGACAAAUCUGAUGAUGGCGAGGAGGACAAUCUCUUUGAUGUCCUUCUUAAUGAAAUAACCAAUAUUGUGGAUAAAUCCAACGCUUAUGUAAUAUUUGAUACCCCAGGUCAGUCAGAGCUUUUCACUUCUAACUUUUCAUUGCCUAAUUUAUUCAAAGAGUUGGGCAAAAGACUGGAUCUUCGUUUAUGCUGCGUCAAUCUCAUGGAUUCAAUAUACUUGACAAGUCCGUCAUCUUAUAUUUCAAUAUUGUUGACUGCGUUGAGAUCAAUGUUAUUAUUGAACAUGCCCCAUGUGAACGUUAUAUCAAAGGUCGAUUUACUUGCAAAUUACGAUAAAUUGCCAUUCAACUUGAAGUAUUACCUCGAAGUUGAUAAUUUAGAGGAGUUGAUACCGUUGUUGGAGAAAGAAAUGAGCUAUUCGAAAAAUAAAUUGGGGACUAAGAAUUUGCUCAAAAUAACAGAACUGAUCAUAGAUUUGGUGGACGAUUACAAGAUGGUUGAUUUUGAGGUGUUAUGCGUGGAGGAUACUAGAUCGAUGAUAAACUUGGUUAGAAGAAUCGAUAAGGCUAAUGGUUAUGCGUUUGGUGAGAAUGAGAUCUCGGGUGAUUCAACAUGGAUAGAGGCUUCUAGAUUAACUGGAACCUCGGCAAAUGGAUUGAGUGACGUUUGGGGAGAGGAAAUAGAUAUCCAAGAAAGAUGGAUCGACUACAAGGAUGAAUAUGAUGCUCAGGUUAAACUGGAACAAGACAAGGCGAUGGAAAUGAUCAAGAAGAGAGAGAGUGAACUUCAGAAAGGUCAUGACGCGGCAGAUGCAGAGGAUGAGUACGAAAGAGACUUGGCAAACUGGAAAAAGGAUCAUCCUUUCCAAAAAUGA